AACUUUUGAAACACCCGGUAUAUAUAUAUAUACUCUUAUAUUUCAAUUAAAUCUAAAUUUUAUUUAGAUAUAAAAAGGAAAAAUUAUAAAUCGUUCAGAUGAAAAAGGAGAUGAAAAAUCGUGUUUAUGGGCCAAAUUCAAGGUUACUUUUGUUUUUUAUUCUUUAUUUAUUUAUUUGGUUUAGGAAAAAAUUGAUAUUCGUGAAAUAAGAUCAUAUAUGAACGUUCUAAAACGUUCAGAGAAUAUUAAUAGAAUGUCUAUUAAUCCGGUUUUAGUUAAUAGUCCAAUAGAAGGUUUUGAUAGAAAGCAAAAACUACCUUCAACUUCAACUAUUUAUUUAAAUCAAGAACAUAUACUUCAAUUUGAUUUGAAUCAACAUCGAAUUACAUUUAAAUGUCUAUUUUACAAUUCGUCAACAAUCAUUAUUACCUAUUCAAAUUUGGGAUCGGGAGAUCUAACACAACGUUUAGAUGAUAAUCAAAUAGCUGAAACAAGUAUUCAUAUUAAACAAUCAAUGUGUAUUCAAUUUAUAAAGUAUGGAAAAGCAAAUGAUCUUUUACAUCGUAAAGUUCAUCAUCAAUCACCAGAUGAAUAUAUUCGACAAAAUAUAACAUUCGCUGCACUUCAUGGAUCGGCAAUUAAAAUAAAUUCAGUAAGAAGACAAGGUUUUAAAGAGUUUUUAAGACAAAAUUUUAAUUAA